AUGUCGGAUUUCUUCCACAAGGCUCCCAACGAGGACUGCUGGUACAAGUUUCUGGAGCCCAUCUUGCCAUACAUCCGCAACAUCAUCCCCGCCUCUGUCGCCUGCGAUUUGCUCGACAUUUUCCUGACGGACCCGGGGAGCUCGCUGUUUCGCGUUGCGUCUCCGUAUAUCUUGACCAGAGUCUUUCGUAAAAAGUCUAUCGUGCACCCGACGAACCCCAGAUACACCACCCCGGCUCUGCUGGCGACCAUACUCUGGUGUGUAGCACAGACUGCUGAUGUCAUGAUGCUGCACGUCCCUGGCUCCAGGGCCAAGGUUGUCAACGACUUGUACGACCUGGCAGUGUCUCUGAUAUCCGAGCGUGACCCAGACCGGUGGCGACGAAUCCACGGCGGCUUGCGAGCAGAAAAUGAGACGCCUCAUCCUCGGCUUCCCAACGCGCCAACGGUGCCGAAGACGACUGUCAACAACGAGCCGGCGGGCGAAAUCGACGAUGUCCUCACCUUCAUCCUUCUCUCUAUUGCCGUCUCGGGCUCCGACUUCAAGUCCGACUGCUACAAGUGGUGGUCCAAGGCAACGCGGCUGGCCUUCUCGCUAGGCCUCAACCGGGAGGAUGAACAGUGCGCCGGGCCCGUAACGCCGUGCGCAAACCCUCUCUGCUCAUGUCGAAAAGAGCAAGAUGGUAGUCUGUAUAAUCUCGAGCUGCGAGAAGAGCGCCGAAGAGUCUUUUGGCUUCUCUAUGCCCUGGACCGGCACCUGGCCUUGUCUUUCAACUCUGCUCUCACAAUUCCUGACUCGUACUGCGAAGUUUACUCCCCCCUCCCCGAAGCCAUCUGGGAAAACCUCGACACGAUCCCACCCAGCGAGAUUCCUGCCCGAACAAUCGGACCGCCGACGACUGCCUCUGGGUCUGCAUUUUUUGAGUACUUUCUACCCCUCAUGGCGAUACUGGGCGACAUCAUAGAAGUUCAUCAUCGGCGCCGUCAUCCGAGACUCGGAGGCCUCGACGAUUCACACUCUGUAGCCGUAAUCCAGGGACUGCUUUCGACCUACGAGUUGAGUCUCGCCGCGCUUUCACCAGACGGCGACGACAACGGCACCAUGCCCCUGCCUAUUCACACACCCAGGGGAAUAGUUGCCGGCAUGCCUUCGAGGCCAUCCAUCUCCCAUCCACAUCCGUCUGCGGCCCCAUACAACGCAGGUGAUCCCUCCAAGAUGCGGCUGGCAAAGGCUUACAGCACGCAUAUUCUGCACGUGCUGCAUGUCCUGCUACACGGCAAGUGGGAUGCCAUCUCCAUGCUGGACGACGGCGACGAUUGGAUCACGUCCAAGAGGUUUAAUGAGUGCGCGUCGCAUGCCAUUUCUGCGUCACAAUCCGUCUCGACCAUUUUGACUAUUGAUCCCGAACUUACGUUCAUGUCCUACCUCUUUGGGAUAUAUCUCCUGCAGGGAAGUUUCAUUCUACUGCUCUUCGCGGACAGGAUGCCGCAACUUGGCCCCAAUGAGUCGGUUGCGCAAGCGUGCGAGAAUAUCAUUCGAGCUCACGAGGUGUGCGUUGUGACGCUGAGUACAGAGUUUCAGAAAAACUUUCGUACGGUCUUGCGAUCUACGCUAUAUAGUGUUCAAGGCGCUGGAACUACCAACUGGGACGAGCAUCGCUCACGACGGAGAGCUUUGUCGUUGUAUAGAUGGACAAAGGGGGCCAAGGGACUGGCAUUGUAA